AUGUUUAUAUCAACAUCCACCAUCUUAUGCAUAUACGUGUGCGCAUUUUCUUGGAUCAACAUUGUGCAACGAGAAGGCUCCAUUUGGAAUGCUAUUUCAAAAGAUAUCUUGUCAGACUUUCUCAUUGUGUACAGCUUCAUUGCCGUUUGGUUUGUAGGUGGCCUUACAGUUUUCCAUUUCUAUCUGAUUUGCACCAACCAGACCACGUACGAGAACUUUCGAUACCGAUAUGAUAAGAAGGAGAAUCCAUACAACAAGGGGAUGAUAGGAAAUCUGAAAGAAGUCUUCCUUUCAAAAAUCCAGCCAUCAAUGAUUGAUUUCCAAGCAUUUGUGCAGGAAGAUGAAAAUAUAGUGAUGGAACUGGCAACUCCAAAUCUUGUGGGGAAUAGCAUUAGCCCAAAGGGGAAAAUUGAUAUUGAAAUGGGAAUUAAGCUGGGAGAAGAGAGUGGCCUUUCACUUCCAGAUAUUCUGCGGAAUUUGGAUUAUGAUGAAAUAGAUGACAACUUGAAAAGUAAGGAGGGGAAUGGAAGUGAGUCCCCCCCUUUAUUCUUUUCUAUUGAACAAGAAUCAAAAGACACUAUGCAAAACUCCACUGAUCAAGGUGUGACCAAUGCAGAGGAGAAGUCUGAUGAAGUAACUAGCCCUCAUGAAACGGCAACACCAAUUGUACAAGUAUAGAGGUACUUUUUCUUUUCAUUAGGUUCUUUCUUCUUUAGAAUUACUCUUGUGCUAUGAAUAAUUUGAUCAGGACGCCAUAGGAUCUCUUUUUUUAAUGAUAGUGGUGUUUCCUGGCUUAAGAAGACUGUGCAAGCUAUCUGAAUGUCGUGAUUUCGUUCGCAACUUGCUGUUUUCACUGAAACUGAGACUUCUAAAUUUCAGAGUCAAGCUUGUUGUAAUUAGUGUCAUCACAUUGUGUUCGGAAUAAUGCAGGAACCUGCAGUGCAAAGGAGACAUCCUGUAAAGGUGAAAUUUGUCAAUAGGUUGCUCUAUAUUACUUCCUUUUUCUUUUUUCCUUUAUUUAUUCCCUUCCCCUCCUCCUCUUCGUUUUUUUCCUCCUCAAACAUAUUUUGGAUAGUUUAUUUGGGAUUGAUUCAUUGUUUGAAAACAAAUUGAGGGUCAAAG